UUUUUUUUUUGCAACAACCAAUCUUAAGGGGCACUUUCACCUGAUAUAAUAUUUGCAACAAUGGAAACAUGACAGAAAAGAUAAUUUUAGUCAUGUUUUCAUUGUUGCAAGUCUUAACAAAAAAGGAACAAGUUAUUGCUAAUCAUUCAUAUACUGCCUUAAAAAAUUGCUUGCUUGCCUGAAGUGGUUAAUUACAUUGCAUUUUUAUGUGAGUAUGACUCGUCAGUUCCUUUGCUCUUUAGUCAAUUGAGCUUGAAGUUACUUGAGUGGCACUAAAAGGGUGGGGAACUUGUCUCAAAACCUUCAGCUGAAUAUUUUUUGAGCCCUGGUUUUUUUACCAGUCUUUGAAGUUAAUAUCUUUUGGCAUGAGUCUGAUAAAUCCCCUGUCCCCACUGCUAAGGGGCCUGGAUCCAAAAUGUAAUACUUAUAUUUUACCCAGGCCCCUGGGCAGUGGGGACAGGGGAUUUAUUGAUUUAAGACAGUAUUAGGAACAAGUUAAGACAGAGUAACCUUCCUUACCCUAUUCCAUGGUUAUACAAUGCAUGUAGUCACCAAGCAGGUGUAUCUAGAUAAACUCAGAACUAAUGUUAAUUUAAAUGUUGGAACGGAGUAGUUUUGGUCACUUUUAAACUAAACAAAAGGUGAAAAAAGGUGCAUUAAUUAUGUGUUGACUUUUAAUUUUUAGUAAUUUUGUUACUGUUACUAAAUAAACAUCUUUUAGUGGUAGCAAGUCCAUGAAGCGGUCUUCACCUACCACACUCAAAAAGCAAUGUGCCACCCCAUAACUGCAGCACCCAUACACCAUCAUUUUUCUCCACUAGGGCUGAAGUUUCUUAAAAGAUAAAUAGAAGAUGAAUAAAAUUAAUAGUAACAGUCAUCUUCUAAGUUAUAGUGUUGUCAGUUUGGGUUUCACCUUGUAAAUAUCUAUGUUAGGGAGAAAAAGGAGAAACAGGGAAACCAGGAAGAGAUGGAAGUGCAGGUGUUAAGGUAUUAUAAGUAAUUUAUGUACUGCUUUUCAAAUGGACCUGUUUUUAUUAGUUUCUGGAUCCAUACAUGUGUAUCUCUCCAUAAAACAUCAGUGAUCAUAUGGAGUGUAGUAAUGUCUUUUGAGUGUUGAAAUUUAGGUUGGACUAAGCAAAAUGAUCAAAAUUAUAACCAGACCUGUUAGCUUUAUUUUGAUCACAGCACAGUAUAGAUUGUCUCUAUUUGUUAUUUACCAUCUUCAUCAUCAUCAUCAUCAUCACUCCUUUGUCACAGUUAGCUUUAAUUACUUAUUGUUAUUGUUAUGUUUUUCUUUCGCAGUUUUUACUGUCCAGCCGGCUCCAAGGGGGGGGCAGUCUUCAUUUAAUUGGUACAGCUCUUUUUGUAAAAUAUGGGCUGUGCCUAGAAGACUGAUCUUUGGGAGUUCUUCGAUAUUGAUGUUCCUAGGGAUUUUUUCCACGUACGGUGUAUUUUCCCAGGCCCGUUUUUAGUAGGCCAAGAGCUCCAAUAACUACGGGCACAAUUUCUAUUUUAAGGCCCCAUAUCCUAGAGAUUUCAAUCUCUAAUUCCUUAUACUUUGAAAGCUUUUAAAUCAUUUUGACAGAUGAUGAUGAUGAUGAUGAUGAUGAUGAUGAUGAUGAUGAUGAUGACGAUGAUGAUUAUUAUUAUGUCUUGGUUAGCAGUUCUUACUGCUGAGAGCUCUGAGGAGCUACCGGUUUCCUGGGGAGUGGCUGAGGGGAGGGGGAAGUCGUUAUUAUCUAGUUAGUAGAGAGCACUUUCCUUAAAAUGUGGCUGAUCUUCUGGAGGUCAUCGAUAUUGAUGUUUUUAGGGAUUCUGUUGACGUAUUUUCCCAGGUCCAUUGUAAGCAGGCCAAGUGCUCUUUAUUAUUUCUGUUGCAGGGGAUGAAAGGAGAACCAGGAAUGGAUAAAAACAGUAAUGGUGGUGUUAAAGUAAGUGUAAGUUUCAUGACCUUUUUUUGUCUGUAAGAAAGAACACUUUGACAGCCUUAAUCAGUUCUCCAACGUGAUUUACCUUCAAUCAAAUAUUUAUGUUUUUUUUUUCUGCCAUCUAAUUUUCAGAGUCCAAAACAAAAACGAAGGCACAUGCUUUAUCCAACACAGCCACACACACCACUCAUUCAAUUUUCACGUCCCUCAUGGUUCUAAAUGUUACAUUCGACCUGUUAGUUAGUAUGUCCGCCCUGGCGCUCGACCAAACUUACUAAACAGGUCGAAUUUUAUUUCUUUACGGAUUCGUUUAUGGUAUAAAACAAGUUCGCUACAGUAAAGGAUAAAGUGGUGAUCAGGUUUUAAAAUUUCCGAGUUUUUUGGCCAUCUACUAGAAUAUUAAUAUAUGUUCAUUAUAAUUAUAAAUGCUUUGUUUAAUAAGGGUGAGAAGGGAUCUCGUGGCGACAAAGGUUCCCAAGGAGAGAAGGGAUCACAAGGACAAAAAGGAAUUUCGGGAACGUGUGAUACAAAGGUAAUUACCACCUUACAACUCCCAGAUUUUCACUCUUUAUAACCUUUGGUGAUAAUUAUCCUUAUAAUAUCAUAGGUGACGAAUUACUCCUUAAUUUUGGCGCCAAAUUUCAGCGUUAAUUUGUAAUUUCACAUGUGAAAUUACAAAAAUACCAUGGCAACCUUGAGGUAUUUGCCGCAAGAUAUUUGGGCUUUUUUUGACAAAGGGUGAAAAGGGAUCUCGUGGUGACGAAGGAAUUAUUGCGUUAAAAGAUUACAAGAUUUACACUCUUUAUUAUCUUUUGUAAGAGUAAACCUUAUUUUAAUAAGCCAAAUUAAUUUAAUUACCAUUCCUUUAGGCAAUAGUAGAAUUGUAUUUAAAAAUAUGAUCAGAUGAAGCUUCCCAGAUCAUCAUUACUGUCAUUUUGAACGGCUGUAUUCCCGCCCUUAAGUGCUUUUCGAUGGAAAAACUAGUUUUGGAAAUAUUCAGUGUCCAUUUCUGAGAGGUGUCCGUGUUUAUUAAGGAUACUUUAGAAAAUGACUGAACUACCUCAGGUGCUAAUACUUGGUGACACUUGGGGUCUGAUUUUGGGAGAUGCUAUUUAAAAAAACAAUGACUGUAUAGGGAGUGUUUCAUAAAUAACUACAUCAGCAGAUUGUUAGUUUUGUAAUUAAAUUGUAUUUUGUUGUCGUUAUUUUGUGUUUUAGAGCCUAUCCUCUAGCAAAUCAAGGUGCUGUUUAACCGGUAAGAACAUUUUAUCAUUAUUUUAUUACUGUUGUCUAUGAUAUACAUUGAUUUAUUGGAAUUAGAAGAGUUUACGAAUUUUAAUUUUAUAAAAACGUGACUUCUCUACAGUGAAAUUCAAGAGUAGAGCACAUAUUAAGUAACCUUCCUUUGUUGUUGUUUUUUUUUUUCUGUUGUGAAGUAUUUUGACUUAUCCUUAAAGUUGCGUUUUUGUUUCAUUGGGGGGUCAUGGUUAGUUAGGAUUAUGUUCUCUUGGUGUUUUCCUGUUUUAAUCUUAUGUUUUCACUCGUACUUGAAAUUAUGCUUGGCCUUCAAAUUCACUUAAUUCCGUUUCUGAAAUAUUUUUGACAUGUCCUUGUCAGAAGUGAGUUUUAUACUGGAAGUUGUGUUUGUGAGUUCAGAGCUGACUUAGGGUAUUAAGCCUUGUUGAAUUAGUUCCUGUUUGGGUUCGUUAACCAACGUUGUUAGUUUUUCAUUGGGUCGCAGCUUCUUGCCAAUCGCAGCCGUUUAGGCCCAGAGGUAGCAAAACAUUACCUACACUGAGUUUGCCAGCCUUCUUUUAUUCUCACGAUCAGUAAACCCAAACAUCACCAGGUUUGGCUAUAAAAGGCUCCACUAUUUGGAUUGUUAGUAGUAGGAGUAGGAGUUAUUAGUGAUUAAUAUGAACCAGCUGUUAGCUGUAGAAGCUAAAGAAGAACAAAGAAGUGAGAAGAUGUAAAAGGAGAUUUCGGGUCCCUUCUCGCUUAUUUUAGCUGUUUUGUUCUUGUGAUUUCUUAAUAACAAAGAUUUUCAACAUUUUUUUUUUCUUGUGUAAGAUUGCUCUAUUGGAUUCCACUUCUUUGAGAAAGUUCAAGAUCUACCAACCCGCGGAGCAGUAGAUGUGGAACAUUUCACCAUUGAUAGAAGCUUGUUUCUUGCUUUUGCCAACUAUCAUGGGGACAUUAAAAAGUACAAGACAGGUUCCAUGAUCUAUAAGAUGGACAACUCAACUGGAAGAUUGUCUUUGUACCAGACCCUGCAGACAAGAGGAGCUUUUGACCUGGAGUACUUUUCUAUCGCAAACAAACACUUUCUUGCUGUCGCUAAUCAUUACGAUGGAACUCACCGGCUGGAUUCUACAGUCUAUCAAUGGAAUGGAAAGCUGUUUGUCGACUUUCAGAAAUUGUCAACAAACGGAGCAAAUCACUUCACGUACUUCAAGAUGUACGGGGAGAAGUAUCUCGCAGUAGCCAACCACCAUGACGGAAGUACCCACUCUACAAAGUCAGUUAUCUACAAAUGGAACAGCGGCAAGUUUAACAGAUUUCAAGAAAUAUCAACUGAAGGUGCCUUCGGAUGUACAGCGUUUGUGAUAAACGGUGACACAUUCAUCGCUUUUGCAAAUUAUUACAACUCCCAACACAAGCAUUCUGUUCAAUCCACUGUGUUCAAAUGGUCAGGACGUCACUUUGUUAAACUGCAGUCUCUCCAGACUUAUGGAGCAUUUGGUGUCAUGUCUUUUAACAUUAACACUCACACAUUCCUUGUCUUUGCCAACCGCUACUCUGGAAGUAAACACAACACCGACUCCUUCGUUUACAAGUGGAAUGGCAACAAGUUCGUCCUGUUCCAGUCCUUACCUACUCACGGGGCUGUCGCUUGGCACCCAUUUAUGAUCAGCGGUCAAACGUACCUGGGUGUGUCUAAUUUCUAUGAUGACAGUAAGAAACACAACACUCAGUCAGUUGUGUACCAGGCUUCUGGAGCGCAGUUCAUCAAGUACCAAGAGAUUUCAACAGAUGGAGGGCAUGGUAUGACAUCAUUUGAGUACAAAGGUCACACAUACCUUGCAGUGGUAAACCAUUACAACAAGAAAUAUAACCUAAACAGCGCCCUGUACAAGUGGGUGUAG